GCAUGAGUUGAUAUGUACGCAUGUUUCCGAAAUGCACGGGGCCCGUAUUGGCAGUAUUUUAGCAGGAAACACAUGUUUUCAGCUGACAGGGCUGGAGAGAGGGGCGACUGGACGGAGCUGAACAGCUGCACAAAGGAAACAAAAAGGAAACUAGUGUGUUGUUGUCGCCCUGCCAGAGAGGCUCAGUUAGGGGGUAAAAGCACAGGUCAAUAGGGUUUUUUUUUGUCUGAGGCAAGGACAGCUUUCAAGGGUCCUCUUAAUGACCACUUGAGUAGCCAUGACCAGAACACUUGGACUAUUAAUGCUCCUGCCUGCUCUCUGCUGCUCCCUAGUGGACAAUGUGGAGCUGCUCCGCACUAAGAGAGGGGCUCGUUUUUACAGAGGUGAGCCUGGCAGGCAGCCAGCUAGACGGACGCUUUUGAUUAUUCAUGUCGAGAAGUCUUCACCUUCCUUUGAUACCUCCUUAUAUUGUGUGGAUAGUGAGACGUCAGCUGUGCGUAGUUCUGGGGACACGUGGCUGCGAUGGAGGGGACAGCGUGUGGAGUAUUGCCGUUGUGCAUUAAAAGGACGAGAGCAUUGUCACAUUGUGCCCGUCAUCAACUGCUACGUGUCUCAGUGCUAUAACGGAGGAACCUGUAAGGAGGCCGUGUACACUUCAGACUACAUUUGCCAGUGUCCUCCAGGCUUCAGUGGGACUCAGUGUGAGAUCAACACCAAUGAGAAGUGUGCUGUGGGGCAAGGUGGAGGGUACCGCGGCACAUGGAGUAUCAGCCAUUCAGGAGCAGAGUGCAUCAACUGGAACGCUACGUCUCUGAGAGGAAGGAGGUUCACAGCUAGAAAAUUGGAUGCCAGCAGUCUUGGACUGGGCAAUCACAACUUCUGCAGGAACCCUGACAAUGACAGCAGUCCUUGGUGUUACAUCUAUAAAGGCACUCAGAUUGUCUGGGAAUUAUGUUCCUUGCCCAAAUGUCCAGAAGAUAAGUACCAAGAAUGUGUGCUGGGCUCCGGUCAGUCAUACAGAGGCACAAAAUCUGUCACUAAGAGCGGCUCUCGCUGUCUCCCGUGGGACUCUAAUGCUGUCAAGAGGAAGCUCAACAAUGCUUGGAGAUCUAAUGCAUUGGAGCUGGGGCUGGGCAGCCACAGCUUCUGCAGGAACCCAGACGGUGAUGUGGGUCCAUGGUGUCACACCUACAAGAACAUGCAGCUGACCUGGGAGCUGUGUGACAUACCUAAAUGCUCGAGACGUCCAUCUAUCAUCUCCACUCUCGGCCCACGUGCUCCCACCACUAAUAACAAUAACAGAGCAACAUGUGGCCAGCGUUUAGACAACACCCUGAAUCGCCCGGCGUUCCGCAUGUUUGGAGGCAGAGAGAGCGACAUCACAGAGCAGCCGUGGCAGGCGGCCAUUAAUGUUUAUCAGGCCCGUUACAGACAACACUUUCACCGAUGUGGAGGAGUCCUCAUUGACUCCUGUUGGGUCCUGUCUGCUGCACACUGCUUUGAUGACAAUGAUAAAGCAGAAAAAUUGGAAGUGAUUUUGGGAAGAACGUUUCGGAAACAGAAUUCCAGCAGUGAGCAGAUUUUCAAGGUUGAGAAGUACUGGAUCCAUGAUGGAUUUGACAACGAAUCAUUUGACAAUGACAUUGCUCUCUUGAAGCUGAAGACAGACACUGGCAUCUGUGCUGUAAACUCUCCAGAGGUUCUUCCUGCAUGUCUGCCUGAACGUGGGCUGGUGCUGCCCGACUGGACUGAGUGUGAGAUCUCAGGCUAUGGAAAAGCCUCAGAAUUUUCUGCAGAGUACUCCGAGCGCGUUAAGCGAGGUUACGUUCGCCUGUGGCCCAAAGAGCGCUGCGUCCCAGAUGUGCUGUCUGGACGCACAGUUACCUCCAACAUGCUGUGUGCAGGUGACACCCGAGGCCUGGAUGAUGCCUGCAAGGGAGACUCUGGUGGCCCGCUCGUCUGUCGAAACAAUGACAAGAUGACUCUGAUGGGUGUGAUCAGCUGGGGCGAUGGCUGCGGGCAGAAGGAUAAACCUGGGGUCUACACCCGUGUCACCCAUUACAUCAACUGGAUCAACGACAAAAUUAAAGCAAACCCGGUCUAAAGUCAGAAAGACUGUAACGAAGAUGUUGUUGGAUGACCAUACCCAUAAACACAGUGGGUAAAAUAGCAAACGCAGUUUAUCAUUGAGAAGAUAGACAGAGAGAACCACAGCACUGUGAUUCUUUUCAGAGCUUGUUUAUCUGUUGCUCUAAAUCCAAACUGAUGGAGGUUUUAAACCAGCAUGACCACUCCUACAGAGGCGCACAACAAGGACCUCAAUCAUGCGUUUUCCUCCUUCUGGGACAUCUUGAUCUCAAUGAUAUUUUUUGUCUUUUCAUGCAUACAAAGUUUUCAUGUGUUUUCUCAGCAUUGCAUCCACCAAACUGGAGGUUCUGGCAGUCAACCUAAAAGGAUAUGAAAUAGCAGUAUUCCUCUGCUCUUUCUGGCUGGCUUUAUGCUGGUUUGUACAAAGAAGUCACAGUGGUAGACUUCAGGUUGGUAGCACUUUUAAUCCAAAAGAACACUACACUUAACACAAGCAUUUACUUUGUACGGUGCAGAAAGUCACAUAGGAAUGUUUUUGCUUUGCCUGACAUUUUUUUAAAGCAAAGAUUGUUACAGACUUGUCUUCUAGAUGUGAGUUUAUGUUGGCUUAACCAGUUUUAAUGCAAAAUGUUCUGCAUUUGCUUACUUUGGGGUUUGAGGGGUUCCAGACCUUCAUCCAAAACACAAAACAUAUCUGCUGGUUCAGAUUCUGCUUGUUUUUGCAGUUUUAGCUCUCUGCUGCCUUGCAGAUGGGAAUAGAGUUGAACAGGUGGAAGCAGGAAACUCUGAGACUCUCACUCCAUUCAAUAAACCUGUGUCCUGUUCCAAGUGUCACUAUAAAGGAAGAGCAAAAUCUCACUUGUUCUCCACUAUGUUUUAUUUCACCACAUUUCCAGAGCACUUCUCCACCGGAGACCUGGGUUGAACCCAGCAUGUAUAUAACAUGUAUAUUGUAACUAUGAAUAAUGAUUUUAUAUUGAAAAUGUCUAGGGGCUGUUCUUUUCUGCUCUAUAUUUAACAGUUUAUUGACUGCAAAGCUAAUCUCCUUUGUUCUGUGACUGGGUUUUAGAUGUUUUGUACUAAGUUAAUAUUUAUGUGUAUUUUAUAUUGUUUUGGAGAAACUCCUUUUGUACCAUGUGUACUGUAGUUUAAUAAUUAGUUGUUACUGCCAUUACAACCAAAUCUGGCAACAUACUCCUUUGUCAAUAAAUAAUAUUUGGAAUAAAUCUUUUUAUGCUUCA